AUGCAUUCCCCCGUUUCGUGUCUUUCCCUAGCCCCGUCGAUCCUUAUCCUGUUUGCUUCUUUAACCCCAAUCUCCCCACCAUGCUUCUCCGCACUCUUCAUUCCCCCUCACUCUGAGUGUCGAUACCAAUUUAACCAUGCUACUUCCUCGUCUCUGGCUGGCGUGCCUCACGCUGCUCGUGGCUGGGGCCGCUGCCGUCAAGGUCAAGAUGAGAACGGGCGGAAACGCACGACGCUGAUGACCCAGCGCAUCCUGAACUUCCGCGAGUAUCUGGUGGCCAACGGGGUUCAAGCGCAAGCGUUGGUUCCUAAGUACUGUGUGCAGAGUCCGCAUACCUGCGACUUGUAUCUAAACCAGAGUGCGAUUCAGUAA